UUAUAAUCAUUUUUGUUUUAUUAUAGUUAAAGGUCGAUUUGGACCACGUAUAGAUUUUGAAAUAGGGCCUCCACGAUCUGGUAGACAACCCUGCACCCACCUCUCGAUCAAUUUAGACUAUUUUCAUUUCUCCAUUCAAUUUUUGCGCUAUAUCCAUUUUCUCUUCCUUCCAGAUUUACUUUCCUCCCUACUAGGGCCGUGAAUUCGGUCUUGGUUUCUUGGUCAAACUGGAAACGAGAUCGUUUAUUCCUGAUGUAAUCUUUUUCUGAACUUCAGUAUUUUUUUACAAUUAUUUACUUAUUUUUAAUUUUGAUAAAUUUAUGGGGAAAAAAAUUAGGGUCACAUUUUAAAUUUUCGAACGGGGCCUCCAAAUAUUAUGGGACGGCCCUGUCUGGAUCGUUGUGGCUCCCGGCAUGGUAUCUGCAUUCGCCGUCUGGUUACCUUGGUAUCCUCGCCGCCGGCAGCCGUCUCAAUUCGGAUCCAGCCGGAAAAUCAUACUGGAAAUGGCUGCUCUCCAAGCAGCAUUCCUGGCCAAGCAAUAUUCCCCUCGUCCCAAUAAUCCGGCGGUAUUCACAUUGCUGAUAUCUUUGUCGAUAACGGUCUACGCUUACAUAAAAUUCUGUUCCGUUGCUCUCUAUAUUGAUGGUCUCAAUAUAAUAGAUGUCUCGGCGGUGGCGGUGGCGGUGGCUCAGAGUUUGAUCUACUCGACGCCGUAUUGGGGAUCGAUUGUCUCGUACCUGUUCUUUGUUGGCUACAGAUUCUGGGCGGUUGGCUCCGAGGGAAAAGUAUUGAUUCGUGAAGCAAAUGAUGAAAAAGGCCACAUGGCCGGAGUGGUUCCCGCACAAGUGAUUGUGGAACCCUAACUCCAAAAGAAAGGAAUCUGAACUGAACUGUGUUAGAGAUCAAUUAGGAAUAAUCUUAUAUUUUUUUGUCUUUUUAGUAUAGUUAUUAGUAUUUUCGUGUUCUUUUAGUAUUGUGGUUCUCUUAUUUUAUUGUUCGAGUCUUGUAAUUUAUAUAAACCCUUUUGUGGUUUCAUAAUAAUACAAGCGGUAAGUUAUAAGUUACAAAAUACUAUUCCUAAAACUCCUAUAGGAAUUACUUACCUUCUUCUAUUUACAUCUUGAUGACGUACUUCUACAACCACAUAAAAUUUAGAGGAUAUG